GAGGCCGUGGCGCUUGCGGGUCCCGGCGCUGGCGGCAUGGAGCAGCCGGUCCUUCUCGCGGAUCUCCUCGCGGAGCUGGGCCUCGGCCAGUCGCAGGCGGCGGAUGCUGCCCUUCAUCUCCUUCAUCUUCACCUCCAGCAGCGCGAUGAUGUCGCGCUGCUCGUUGAGUUUCCGCAGCAGCUCCUCCGACGUGGUGCCCGACGAGAGCGAGUACGAGUGGUCCGGGGGGCCACCCUCCGCCGGACCCUCCUCCCCCGCCGCCGCCGGCAGCCUCCCGGAGCCGGGGCCAGGCCCGGCGGGCGCCCCGGGCCCGAGCUCCACCUGCACCGUCAGGUCGAUGGGCUUCACGUCCUCGGCCGCGCCCCCUGCCGGGGCCUCGGCGGCGGCGGGACCGGGGCCCUGCGCGGCGGCGGCGGCGGGGCGGGGGCGGCGGGCGGCCCGCGCUGCCUUGCGCUCGUUGACGCCGCGCAGCGGGAAGAUGGUGGGUACCCGCACCAGGUAGGACUUGCGGCCGCCCUGGAAGUGCUCGCUGCAGACGCGGUGGCCCGUGGUGGGCUGGAAGGUGCUGAAGCAGCCGCUCACGCCGGCCCGGGACACGUUCUUCAGCCAGAGGCGCCGCAGCUCCUCGUCCUUGGGGAAGGUGUAGAAGUGCAGCGCCUUGUCCCGACUGCAUCUGAUUCAAGAAAGGAAAACAAAUUUGGUAGAAGCACCUUGCUGAAGCAGAGACCAACUAUGCUGCCUGACCUUGAUAAUGACACUCCACGGUUUAUGCUCAAAAGGAUCAUCCGGACCCAACCACAAGUUUCACCUCUAGCACCUCAGAUACGUAAACAUGAAGAAACAGAAGAGGCUGGAUUAGAACCACCCUCUAAGAGGAUUUCCAGCACGGUGGAAAUGCAGCUGCCAGACCUUGUUCCCGAGAAUACAUCUAUGACUACAUUCCAUAUGACCAGGAAGAAAAAGAAGUUCAGCAUUUCUGAAUUUGAGAGAGCAGCAGACAAGCGACUUCCUCAGAACCAAACUCAGUCAACGUUGGACAGCACUUCUUUGGCCAGAUCUCUUCGCAUGUCUCUUGGUUCCUUGAUCCCACCAGACACUGUGGAAAAGAGAGGCUUACUCCGGAGGCCAAAAAAUCACAAAGCUAUUGACAUGGAAGCUUUUGAAGGUGGAGUGGAACAGAACAUGCUGCAGAGAAAAGCACAGAACUACCUUGCGGACUCUCAAACAGAAUCCUUGAUUAGAAGAGCCACACUGACAAGUGACGCAGAAAUCGUGAUGAGUAACACAGAGCUCUUUGUUCAGCCUCAGUUUGGUGAACAGAGCCAACACAGGCUUUCUGCUCUUGAACCACAGCUACCAGAAUCAAAAAUUUCAGCACAAGGAAGCAAGAAUUUUGAUGCAGCUCAUGAGGAAGCAAGGCUGGUGGGCCUGGUAUCCAGUGUGGGCACAAAUGAGGGAAGGACCCAAAGAUAUUCUGAGAAAAACUUAAUACUUGAUUAUGAGCAUGUUCGCAGAAUGACUCCUGUGUCUCCGAAAACAUUUGUGAGCCAGGGAGAAGAUCAUCAAAGUAAUUCCCACCAGAGUGACCUCAUGGAGCAGUUUUCUGUACCAGAGGAAGUGGUGGCUGGCACUACAGAGCAUCAUGCAAAUGCUGGAUAUUCUGAGCAGCUGGAGAAGAAACUGACAAAAACCCCAGAAUCACAGAUAACUAAGACACAAGAUGCCAGAGUUGAGACAGAAAUGACUGCUUCAGAAGAAGAGGAGGUAGCAGAAGGCAGUGUUGAACGCCUAGACUCUCCCAAAGCUGAACCUGAGGUUGCCAGAAGUUUUGGAGCUGGAAGUCUGAACAGGCAUUCUCGUGCUUUUUCCUCUCAGUAUUUUGAAAAAUCUGGGACAAAAUCAUUUAAAAAAGCUGUUGAACAAGCAGGUGAACUAGAAGACAGAGCUGUCACAGGAGAAAUGGAGGAUCUGGAAGAAGAACCAACCGAUGAUGAAGCUGAAAUUGAAGAGCCUGAGAGUCAAGAGAUUUCUAUGAAGACACCUGCAUUCAUCCAUGCUGCAGCCUACAAGCCACUUUCCUUGCUGUCAACUCCACAUCCUGCAGAAUCUGCUGUUCCCAAGUUUCCCCUGCAGCCGCUGCGGUCUAAGAUAGUUCCAAAGAGUUCGGGGAUAUCACAAAGGAAAAUGAGUGAGCCUGAACUAGCAAGCAGUUUGAUAAAGAAGGUAUUUAGUCAUUAUGUGAAAAUGCCAGUGGCCAGAGAUGCGUUCAGGAUUGUUAAAAAAUGCUCUGAGAGGUACUUUAGGCAGCUGAGCAAUGAUCUGGAAGCUUACACCCAGCAUGCAGGGAGGAAGACAGUGGAGGUGGCUGACCUGGAAGUCCUCAUGAGAAGACAAGGGCUGGUGACAGACAAGAUGCCAUUACAUGUGCUGAUAGAGCGUCAUCUUCCUCUGGAAUACAGGAAACUACUGAUUCCGGUUGCUGUGAGUGGCAAUAAAAUAAUUCCCUGAAAAUGAGUGCGCUACUCUGGCAGCGACGACUCCCGUGGAUGGAAAUAUUGCCUGCUCAUGGAGACUUGCUUUACGUUGCUCAGUGUAAUUGGUCAGUGUGACAGUUUUCCAUAGAUAACUAGUGGGGCAAUAAGCAGCUAGUAUAGAUUCUCUUGAAUUGAUUUAAGUUCUGCUGUAACUAUCAUGCCAGCCUACUGGAUCUCACUAACUAUAAGUAAUUUGAUUAUCCUAUAUUUUUAUGUAUGCUACUUAGGAAUACUUGUACAGUUUUGUUAAAUAAAAUUUGGUAUGUAUUCUGCAUGAUAAAAAUGCUUGUUUACUCCAGUGAGCUGAAAGGUUA